AUGAUCAAUGUGUACAGUAAGAGGUGCGGCCACCCGGGGUGCACGAAGCGGCCGUCAUUUGGUACGACCGGCAGCAAGAGGCCGGAGUUUUGCUCUCAGCACGCGAAGCAGGACAUGACCAAUGUGCACAGCUGGAGAUGCGGCCACCCGGGGUGCACGAAGCGGCCGUCAUUUGGUACGACCUGCAGCAAAAAGCCGGAGUUCUGUUCUCAGCACGCGGAGGAAAACAUGGUCAACGUCGUCGGCAAGAGGUGCGGUCACCCGGGGUGCACGAAGCGGCCGUCAUUUGGUACAGCCGACAGCAAAAAAGCGGAGUUCUGCUCUCAGCACGCGAAGGAGAACAUGGUCAACGUCGUCGGCAAGAGGCGCGGCCACCCAGGGCGCACCAUACACCCGUCAUCUGGGCGAGCCAGGGAGGAUCAAAGAAUAACACACCUGGCGAAGAACACGUCGCAAAUGAAGGAGAAGGCCAGGGAGAGGGAGAGCGAGAGAGAGCUGCUCUACCGGAACAAGAACCACCUCAAAGAUGAGCAGGGUGGUGGUGGCUUCGUGUGCCGUGACCCCGCCAGAGGCUACGAAGAGCGGCAGGAAGAAAGAGGAGGGGCCACGAGGAAGAGAAGGAAAAGGCGGGGUAGGGCAAGAACACCAGGAAGGAGAAGGACAGCAGCAACAAGACAGGUUGGCGGGGUAGAUUGGCGAUGA